AUGACUGAACAGCUACUAAAUCCCGUAGAGAGGGUCUCAAACCAGCCCGAAAACCCGUUUGCAAAGCUCAUACCUGGGCAACAAAUUGCAAUCGUUCCCUCGUUUACCCUCGAAUCCGGCGUCACACUUCAUAACGUUCCUGUAUCAUACACGACUCGAGGCCGGUUAUCGCCAGAUGGAGACAAUGCGCUCGUCAUAUGUCAUGCGCUCAGCGGCAGUGCCGACGUGGCCGAUUGGUGGGGUCCACUGAUGGGAGGAUCUGGUCAGGCUUUCAAUGCCACCAGAUUCUUCAUUGUCUGCCUUAACAGUCUGGGAAGUCCUUACGGAAGCGCCAGUCCUGUUACAAGCAAAGAUGGCGACAUCAGCAAGGGGAGAUAUGGACCAGAGUUUCCCUUGACAACAAUACGGGACGACGUCAACAUUCACAAAAUCGUCCUUGACGAUCUCGGAGUGCGACAGAUUGCGGCUGUGGUGGGCGGGUCGAUGGGUGGCAUGCUUUGCCUUGAAUGGGCAUAUUUUGGCAAGAAGUACAUCAGAUCUAUAGUCCCGAUUGCGACGUCCGCCCGCCACAGCGCCUGGGGCAUAAGCUGGGGUGAAGCUCAACGGCAGAGCAUAUAUUCUGAUCCGAAGUAUGAGGAUGGCUACUAUCCAUUUGACGACCCGCCAGCCACAGGCUUGGGUGCAGCACGGAUGUCCGCGCUCCUGACCUACCGUAGUCGAGAUUCGUUCGAAGCUAGGUUUGGUCGCAAUACUCCUGACACAUCGAAGCGACAGUCUAUCAGUGGCACCGAGAACUGUCCCAGCACACCUCCGAACGACCAUUGGUCAAUACAUAACGAUGGGCACAAAAGUACUCGAGCAUCACAACCCCCUUCCACAAACGGCACACCAGCGAUUACCCCUCGCGAUUCAUACCUCAAUUCAUCUUCCACAAACCCGUCGUCACAUCCAGCGGCCGUCUUCACAGAUCCUCAAUUCAACGGAACCACGGAAUUCGCCGUACCAGCCCUCACUCGGAAGAGCAGUCAACCCACCAACCACUACUUCUCCGCACAGUCCUACCUCCGCUAUCAAGGCACCAAAUUCGUCGGCCGCUUCGACUCGAACUGCUACAUUGCCAUCACCCGAAAACUCGACACCCACGAUGUCUCACGAGGUCGGGCCCCGACCGUCAGGGAGGCACUGCAGCAGAUAGAGCAGCCCGCCUUGAUCCUGGGCAUCGAAAGCGACGGCCUAUUCACAUUUGCCGAGCAGCAAGAACUGGCCGAUGGGAUUCCCGACAGCCGGUUGGGAAAGAUCGACAGUCCUGAAGGUCACGAUGCAUUCCUACUACAGUUCGAGCAGGUGAACCGAUACCUGCUGAACUUUUUCCGCGAGGUGCUUCCCGAGAUGAUGGAGAGGCCUGGCAUCAAUGAGAUGGCGAACGGAUCGGGCGUGGAAGCGGACGGGGUGGGCGUGCUGACCAAGAGCAGCACCUUUGGUGAGGCAGAAGUCGAAGAUCUCACUGCAUGGUGA